AUGUUUUCUGACAAUUUGUUAAUUACAUUACAAGGAAAUGGGUGGAUUUAUGUUGAUGAAGAAAAGUACAUUUCUUCCUAUCAACAGGUUAAUAAAGAUUUUUGGAAAAUAACAAAUAUAUUUGAGAUGGAUUCAGAGUAUAAUGCAAGAGUAUCAAACCCACAUGGCAGACGUAGAAAGAAAGUAAAAAGGAGUCUUAAUGAAGAUUUGAUCAAAGAGCUACAAAAAUGUGAAAGUUAUCUAGAUGAAAUAAAAAAAAAAUUAAAAUGCAAUGAAAUGAUCAAAGAUGGAAAUAAUGAAACAGCAAGAAAAACUUUAUUAAAUGCUGUUAAUGUUUCUUAUUCAUUUGAUACAAAAUAUCAAUCUGAUAUAAAUAUUGAGUUGACGACAAUAAAAAUAAAUAACGAUGAAUGUAUAGAUAAUAUGAAAUCAAAUAUUAUUUAUGAAAAUGACACAACGAAAACAAUAUUAAUACAUUCUUCUAUAUACAGUUAUAUAAUUCCUAAACGUUCUCGAUAUAUUAUUAAUAAUACCUUACCAGUAUUAUACUCAUUAAAUGAAAAAUUUGAUAGAAUUGUAAUUGACCCACCAUGGAGAAAUAAAUCUAUUAGAAGAAGAAAAGAUUAUACUAUUUAUAAAGAUGAUUCAUUAGAUGAUUUAAAAAAUCUUCCAUUAUCAAAAUUAUUAAAAGAUGAUGGAAUUAUUUUUUUUUGGAUAACAAAUAAUAAAAAACUUCAAGCAAAUGUUGAAAACAUAAUAGAUAAAUAUUGGAAAUUUAAAAUUUUAUCAAAAUGGAAAUGGUUAAAGGUUACUGUUAAUUUUGAACCAGUUGUUCCAUUUUCUAAAGGAAAUUUUAAAUUACCUUAUGAAGAAGUAUGGAUUUUAGGACAUAAAAAUUAUGAAAAAAAUUUUAUUAUCAAUGAUAUACAUGUUAUUUCUGUACCACAUAUUGCUUCAUCAAGAAAACCUCCAAUUUCUAAAAUAUUUGAUGAAUAUUAUUUUUUAUCAAAUAAAAAUAAAGUAUUAGAAGUUUAUGGAAGAUAUUUAUUACCUGAUACAUUAACUGUUGGAUACCAAAGUUUGUACUUUCAAAAUGUUAAUUUUUUUAAAUAA